ACCUGCCUCUACCUUACCCCUACCUAGUGUCCUCCGUUAAUAUUGAGACUACCUGCCUCUACCUUACCCCUACCUAGUGUCCUCGACAGUGCAGCAUUUCUUCUUAUGGCUCUAUACUCCAAAAGCUUGGAUUUGAAAUCAUGACUGAGGUUAAAGUGCAGACCGUCAGCUUUAAUUUGAUGGUAUUUUCAUCCAUAUCGGGUGAACCAUUUAGAAAUAACAUAAUGUGUAAUAUAGUAGUUAAAAGUUUACUAUUCUCAGAAUAUCAGGCGCGGGCUGAUAAAUCUACGUUUUCACAUUGCAUUUUCUUUUAGGGGGCAGGAGAAUUAACGAGGAUACUUUGAGGUCUUUAAUUAGAAUUUUUACAUUGCAAACAUUAACAAUUAUUUUUCAUGCCACGAGAGGUAGCGGAUCCGGCCAAAUAGGUUCUGUAAUGCAUCAGUCUAAAACUGAGAGGUGCCGGAUCCUGUUCCCACAGGAUCCAGCUCAAAUAAAGCACUGAUGAUACAAGUAAAACACAUUAACACAUUACCAAAGGUCUUACUUUAAUAAUUUGUUAUUCAGUACAUGUUCAGUGGUGGAAGAGACCCUCCAGAGUUGCUGCAGUGUGUGUUCUACUGGCUGUGAUCAUAGGCCUGUUGGUUUCCUAUGCCACUGUAGAGCGAGACCAGCUACAGAAUAGUCUAAAUACCAGGACCAUAGAGAGAGACCAGCUACAGAAUAGUCUGAACACUAGAACUAUGGAGCGUGACCAGCUACAGAAGGAGAUAGAAAGGCUGAACUGGAAUAUCAAAGGGUCCUGUCCUGAAGGAUGGAGAAGGUUUGGCUGCAGAUGUUACUAUCUCUCUACUGAGAAGAAAUCCUGGGAGGAGAGUAGACAGGACUGUCUGGAGAGAGGAGCAGACCUGGUGAUCAUUAACAGUGAAGAGGAGCAGGCAUUCAUCAAUGGGUUUGAAUCAGUCUAUUUUGUCUGGAUUGGUCUGACUGACUCUGUUACUGAGGGGACCUGGAAAUGGGUGGACGGCACACCACUGACCACCCCAAGGUAUUGGGAGAGUGGAGAGCCUGGUGGUGGUAGAGUGGAGAACUGUGGGGAAAUCUGUUACAUGUCAUCAGGCCAAAGAGUAUGGAGGGAUUAUAUGUGUUCAUUUUCACAAGAAUGGAUCUGUGAGAAAGAGGCUUCUCAUAGUGACAACACCAGAAUGAAGGGUUGGGUCAUAAAUAACCAUCAGUUAUGAAAACAGUGUCUGACCUCCAGAUAUCAGAGAGACAGAACCUCCUUCCCUCAGCCAGGGCAUUGAAAAUGGGUCGUGGAUUGGUAUUCCAGCAU